AUGUUCCAACGUUCUUCAACCGCCAUUUUGUUACUCCUCAUUGCUUGUUUGAUGAUGAUCGGUUUCACCUCUGCUGUUAUUCCUGGAGGCUUCUCUCACAAUAAGAAACCAUCAGCCAAGAGAAUUGCCAAAUUUACAAGUUUCCUCUCCAGUAAACUUGCCGCUAAAUAUCCAACCAUCACUCAAAUCAUUGAUAUCCAACAACAAGUUGUUGCAGGAGUCAUGUAUAAAGUUACUGCUUUGGCAAUAGAUAGUAAUGGACAAGAAAAGACAAUCAAGGCUACUAUUUUCGAACCAUUGCCACAUGCCAUUCAAGCUGGUCAAUCCAAACUCCAAUUGAAAGAUGUUAAGGAAUUGUAAAUUUAUUGUAAAUAAUCUUGUAAAAAAAAACAUAGUUUUAC